GAAAAACGCAGAGAGCUGAAAUUUGAUGGUCGCCUAGAAAAGGAGCUUUCUGAAACCUAUGCAUUUCUGAUGGUUGAUCGACCUCAGAUCCAAAGCAUAUGCGAAAAGGGGCUGCAGGUGGGCCACUCCAAAAUAACAAUUCUCGGCAGCCCUUCCAUGGGUGUAUAUAUCUCCAGGUAUGCUGAUUUAUUACAGCCUAAUCCUCUAGAAGCUGGAGCAACUGGAGAUGUGAUUGUUUUUAAAAUAAUAAAGGGAAAAAUGAAAAGCAUAUAUGACCACAUUGGUAUGAAAGCAAUGGAAUCGACUGUAAAGAGUGCAUUAGAUCCAACACCAAAGCAUGAGUGUCACGUUUCAAAGAAUGCAAAUAAAGUAACCUCCUUGUUGGCUUACCGAGCCUAUGAACUUACUCAGUACUAUUUUUAUGAAUAUGGCUUUGAUGAGAUAAGGCGAAGACCAAGACAUGUUUGUCCUUAUGCUGUUGUUUCGUUUACUUAUAAAGAUGAAAUGGUGCAAGUACCAAAAUUCUUGCCCCCACCGAGAUCAAACAGCUUCAAUACAGAUAGGAGUACAGAUAAGUUUAACUAUACAUUAUGGAGGGGACAGCUUUGGAAUAAAGGCAAACUUUUGUGCCAUGUUUCCUUGAAAUCAGCAGCACGUCCUUUCCUUCCAUGCAAGCUUCCUGAGAAGCUUGAGGUUGAAAAAGUUGUGAGCAUUGAUCAAUUGAAGAAAAAAAUUUCACCAGCAUUGUUCUAUAAAGAAACUUACCUAGGAGCAAAAGAAGUCUUGAAGAAUGGCAUGUACUGUAGCCUUUAUGAAGUUGUGGAGAAGUCCCGUUCUGGUAGUCACUUGGAGGGUUUACUUCAAAAACUAGAGAAGGAGAAACUUGCCCUGGUGAAACCACUCCUGGACAGAGGAUUUCUUUUUCUUCUUUCUCCUUGGCAAAUGAUGUCUCCUUAUGACCACCAAACUGGACGGGCCCGCAUGCUACAUGCAUUGUUUCUGUUUCCAGAACCUAGAGGUAUAAUGAGCUCAAGUAAUGUUCCAUUUGGAACACAGAAAAAUGCAACUACCAUGGUUUUGCACGAAAAUCAGGAAAUCAUUCCAGAAUUCACAAAGUUUAUUCAGUCUCUACAUUUUGCUUUAAUCCAAUCUCGUAAAGACGCUACUGCAGAUUUCAAUGCUGUUGUGGAAAAGUAUAUAAAUGAGUAUUUGAAAAGAUGCUGUAGUGGCUCUGGAAAAUAUAGAGAAUUUGUAUUAUAUCGGUAUGAAUCACGGUUGGAUGACAAAAAAUUUCUUUAUUCUGCUCCAAAAAAUAAAUCUCAUAUUGACAGCUCCUUGCAAAACUAUAUUUUUGGUUGUGAGGCAUAUCAACUACCUGUUUCUAGAGCUAAGGAAUUGAUGGAGGGAAAUCGGAAACUUCAACAGUUCAGUCCCAUCUCAGAUUAUGAAGCCACAGAAGAAGACUCAGAUUUUGCCAACGCAAAAAGUGGGAAAAGAAUCCGUGCAAAAUAUGAAGCUACUGCUGCCAAGCGAAAACUGCCUCAUUCUGGAGAUUAUGAUCCUGAUAAACUCAAAGAACUUAUUAACUUAAUCCAGUGUAGGAAAAAAAAUGUAGGUGGAGAUUCUGAUUCCGAAGACCUUAGAAAUAAAAGCGGUCUGAAAAGGAAGCUGGAUAAACAGUCUGAAAAUUUGCGGAAAUACUUAAAAAUGAGUGAAUCUUCGGAGAAUAGUUGUCAGUAUGAAGUUAAUACUGGUCUUGUUGGACAUGACACUGACUUGAGGCAGCAAGAUGUAUCCGACCCUGCUGUUACUGACACACAUGGCCUCAUUAAACUGCUUUUAGAAACACUAGCUAGUGCAGGACACUUGGAUUCAUCGUUGGCACGGUCUGUAAAUCAAGCUUUAGGAUUAAGCACUGAUGAAAUUGAAGAGGAAAUGAGACAAAAACAUGAAUAUGAAUCCAUUCCAGCACAGGACAAAGAUGAUCAUGAGCUUCCUAAUACUGCUCAGGCUGAAAAUGUUAACUUUAAGGACCCACAGAGCCCAGUGAUACUGGAAACUGAUGCGGCAUGCUUACCCUAUCCUGUUGAUGUUGAUCUACGGCUUUCAGCUAAUGAAGUAGGCCUUGAACACACUCUACGCUUAAAAGAAGCAAGCACUGGAAGUGUAAGUAGUUUUGAAGACUACAGUCUGUGUCCUAGUACACCUAUAGAACAUGUUUAUCGCAGGCAACAUUCCAGUUCAAAUAAUAUAGGAGAAGUUGGAAUGCACUGGAAGCUUAUUCCGAUUACAGGGGCGGCAGGAAGAGUUCAGGAGGAUCAGCUGUAAAAACAUGAAGAUAAACAAACAAGUGAGAAGAAAAAGGGGACAGCAGAAGAUGGACUUUAUACAAGACAAGUGAAGAAACUUGAAGAUCAGUGUGGGCUAGCAGACCACCCUUUCACAACUAAGCAUUCCAUUAGCGCAGUAAUAGAGACUACACUAUUAGAAGAAUAUAAUCUCUUUGCAAGAAAGAUUCAAGAAAUUUUGCAGCAAAAGAAUAUUGCCUAUGUUAGUGGUAUGUCCACACCAGUCUUCUCUGCCCGAGAGAGGAUAAUGAGACUUUCUGAGUACAUAUGUUUACAGGCAUCAGAGGUUUCUGUCCAAGAAUAUAUAGAGACACUGAGUGAAAAGCUGAAUAGCGUUAUUCUGUCGUCUUCAUGCACUAGGCAUACUCCACCAAUUUAUUGUAGUCCUGAAUCAGCAGAAGUCAUUAGUAAUGCUGCACUGAAUCCUCCACCUGACACGUUACCUGUUUGCAGGGACUCUGACACGGCAUUAUCAUCAGAGCCAUUGUGUAAUAAUGUCGUGGAAGAUCUGGAUUCUAAUGAGCAGCGUUCAUCAAGCUUCCCCUUAGUGAAGGAGGAAAUAGAUCAUGUGAACGCUAAAACAGAGGAUAUGUUGACAUCUGAUCAGACCUCUUCCAGUGGUGAUCUGAUGGAGCUAGCAGAAAAGACACAGAAAUCCCCAGACAACUUAAACAUUUCAACCCAACCAGCCCUUUCUGAUUUUAUAAGCCAGUUAAAACCUGAAGUUUUUAACAGUUUGGUCAAAAUUAUUAAAGAUGUACAGAAAAACACUGUGAAAUUUUACAUUCAUGAAGAGGAGGAAAGCAACCUCUGCAAAGAAAUCAAGGAAUACCUUACGAAGUUAGGUAACACAGAGUGCCAUCCGCAACAGUUCCUUAAAAGAAGAGCUGCUUUAGAUAAACUGUUGAUAAUUAUCCAAAAUGAAGACAUCGCCAACCUCAUCCAUAAGAUACCUGGCUUAGUAACUUUGAAGAGGCUUUCUUGUGUCAGCUUUGCGGGUGUUGAUAGUUUGGACGAUGUGAAAAAUCACACCUACAAUGAAUUGUUUGUGUCUGGUGGUUUUGUUGUAUCAGAUGAAUCUGUCCUUAAUCCAGAGUCCAUCACUACAGAUAAACUAAACCAGUUCUUAAAGUUUCUGGAGGAUCUCAAUACCCCAGAUGGGAAAUGGCAGUGGAAAGUCCACUGCAAAAUACAAAAAAAACUUAAGGAGCUGGGGAGAAUGAAUGCUAAUGCCCUGAGUCUGCUGACCCUUCUGAAUACCUAUCAAAAGCAGCACUUGGUUGAGAUUCUGUCUUACCAUAAUUGUGAUUCUCAGUCUCGAAAUGCUCCAGAAUUAGACUGUCUUAUCAGACUUCAGGCUCAAAACAUACAACAGAGACACGUUGUCUUCUUAACAGAAAAGAAUCUCAAAACUCUUUCAAAUUAUGUUGAUAAUGGAAUAGUGGUUGCUACUGUUGAUGACUUCAUGCAAAAUUUUAAAAGUCUCGUUGGGUAUCACAACUCGGUUACUGAAGAAAACAGCCUUCUUCCCUCUGAUGCUCACAAAAGACAAUCAGUUCUUGUAGAAAACGAUGAAAAGGAUGAGGAGGACAUGUCUCUGGAUUCAGGGGAUGAAACAUCACAAAUAGAAGUCUGCAAUGAUGCCCCUAAGUAUGAUACUCAUUUGGAAGCUUUGCAGACAGAGGCCAAGGGCUCGCAUGGGGUAGAUGCAAAAGAAAGCUGCUUAUCAGUUACAGAGUUAUCUCCUGAAGCACAAACUGGCUUGAUGGAAGAGACUUCUAAAAUUGACUUGGAAGAGAUACAGCCAAUUACUCCAGUUUCUACAACAUGCUCUGCUGAAGGGGAAAAACACAAUUCAGUUCAACAAGCUCCUUUCAGUAACUUCCAAGUUUAUAGCAGACAAUUAAACAUGUCCCAUCAAUUCAGUCACUUUAAUGUACUCACCCAUCAGACUUUUCUGGGAACAACAUACCCCAUUUCUUCUGCAAGUCAGAACCAAGAAGGGGGCAAUUAUUUUCUAUCUGCUUACAGUCAGAGCAUGGAUACAGAAAAGUCAUCAUCGCCUGGUGGUUGGGAUAUAAGUUGUGAUUCUUCCAGGCCAUAUUCAAACCAGAAAUAAACUCCUGAGUCUCUUUGUAUAAGUAGCUGUGGACUUUUCUGUUUCUGAAAUGGUGGAUUAACAAUUUCUAUUUUAUUCUGGAACAAAAUGUUUCUUGUCCUUUAUCUCAAAUGUUUUCUUGUCUUAUUUAAAUCCUGAUGGCCUGUACCUAUUGGAAGCAUCUGAAAAUUGAAAUAAAUAUAUAUAUUUUUUAACAUUUACUGUACUGGAAUUAUCUUGUUUGUUGGCAC